CGGGGCGUACAGUAUGGAUGUGGUGACCAGCACGGCGUUCAGCGUCGACAUCGACUCUCUCAACAACCCUAAAGACCCAUUUGUGACCAACAUCAAGAAAAUGCUGAAGUUUGACCUGUUCAACCCUCUCUUCCUGAUCAUCGCUUUAUUUCCUUUCAUCACCCCUGUCCUGGAGAAAAUGAAUUACGCCCUCUUCCCGACAUCUGUGACCAAUUUCUUCUACGCUGCCCUAAAGAAGCUCAAGUCCGAAAGAGUGGCCAAGGACCACAAGAAGAAGCGAGUGGACUUCCUGCAGCUGAUGGUCGAUUCUCAGACAGCAGGGAAACCUGAGCGUGGAAGCAGCGAGGAACACACGGAGAAAGGUGAAGCAUCUCAGAGUCCUCUCACGUUCAGCUGCUUUACUUCCAUUGUUGUGUCUGUCUACACCAGACGCAACAAAAUCUAUCGCAAACCACAGCCAAUCAGAAGAGUGUGUGGGCGGAGCCUCUCUGCACGCGCAUCGCUCACGCGGUGCAACACGACGACGUUUUCAACUAAAGACAGAACACUUUUUAUGUGUUCGGACGGUCUUUACACGACGAUGAUUCCUCUAGAGCUCAGCUUUAACGGCCUGCUGGCUCCCAAAGAGCCCGUCAUACUCAAGCUGACGCCGCGACAGUGA